UUUGAUACCGCAGCUUUGAUUUCUUUGACGCACUUUCUUCCCGCCUUUCAGACGUCCCCUCACCAUCACCAAUCUAUAUAUGACCAAAAAAGAUUAUGAUUUUAGUUUUAUGAGUAAAAGUCGGAAUAGCUGCUCUUCAAUCGCGAGUUAGUUCAGUAUUUUAUGCGCUUUUUCGGUUCUGCUGAUUACACGACUUUGGGUUCCCAAAUAUCCCGACCACACGUGAACGCAGCAGCAGCAGCUCAUCUGUUGGACAGGGAAACUAAUCAGGAGCGAAGUAAAGACUUUCCAACACUGCGAGCUAAUCGACUAGCACGGCUCCUAAGUAAGCCGUCAUUAGGAAAACGGAGUAGGGACUUUAUUUCCGACGGACAUCCUCUCCUCUAGACAGGGAACAACUUUCGAGCCAUGUUAUAGGGGGAAAACACUGUCUUGUUGCGCUUAAAGUAUAAUAGCGAGCUGCCUCCGGUCAGUAAGACUGCGGCUAGCUCCAUAUCGUUAGCUGAGUAAGAAGUGAAGUGGAGGCUUAAAAAACAUGGAGCUGGACGAAGUAGUCCUCUACCAGGACGACUCUGGUGACUCGGACGUGAUGUCCGAGCGGGUCGCUGGUCUCGCCAGCUCCAUAUAUCGAGAGUUCGAGCGGCUCAUCGAGAAGUACGACGAGGACGUGGUGAAGGAUCUGAUGCCGCUGAUCGUCGGGCUUCUGGAGAACCUGGACUCGGUGUUCGCCGCCAACAAGGAGCACGUCGUGGAGCUGGAGCUGCUGAAGGAGGACAACGAGCAACUUGUCACUCAGUAUGAACGGGAGAAAGCGCUGAGAAAACACGCAGAGGAGAGAUACAUUGCCUUAGAAGACUCCCAAGAUGGGGAGAAAAAAGAUCUCCAGUGUCGACUGGCAACUUUGGAGUCCCACGCACGACAAGUAGAGCUAAAAACAAAGAACUAUGCAGAUCAGAUAAGCAGAUUUGAGGAGAGAGAAACAGAGCUCAAGAGAGAGUACAAUGCUCUUCAUCAAAGACAUACAGAGAUGAUCCACAGCUACAUGGAGCACCUGGAGCGAGUUAAACACCAGCAUGCUACAACACCAGCAGAGCCGUCAGAUACAGGAACAUCAGCUAAAAGACGGAAAGAGCGCCCCAUCUCCAUGGUAUUCCAGCUUCCUGGGACUGAUGGCAUGACCUCUGAAUUCCAGAGGGACCCUGUUGAUACCCCAUCUGAACCAUGGAGAUUCAACAACCUCAGCCAUCCACAGUCCAACACCAGUCUCAAGUUUGAAGAGCUAUUUUCCAAAAUCAGAGCUCUUGGUGGAACAUCACAAGGGAAUUAUCUCAACCAGGAUGAAUUGGCCCAUGUAAACCAUGGAAACUCCAAGCACAGCACACCAGCCAACCAGAGAAAUGUCUCUAAAACUGGAGCUCCAAUGUCCUCUCGUGGUGGUUCUAUCAGUGCUCUAUCUCCUCAUGAAGUGGCCAACGGUGGGCAUGCGCUCACCUCUUCUACACCACCGUCUACAGCAGCUUCUGAUGUUACCAUGGAGUCUGUGAUCACACCCGAAAAGAAGCAGGAAGCUUCAGAAGGACUCACCAAGAACCUGGACAGGAAAAGUGAAGAGUCUGAAAAUAGAGAGAACAUAGACCACAACCUGGAGUCUGCCUCUGCACUGGUGAAAAGUGAAGAUGGAGAAGCGAACACAGAGAAGACUGAGGUGCAGGCUAUCAUAGAGUCUACACCUGAGCUGGAUAUGGAUUUUGAUGGCUGCAGAGGAACAAGCACACCAACUAAAGGUGGCAUAGAGAAUCCUGCCUUCGACCGCAACAACGAUUCUUUGUUUGAGGAGCUGCAGGCUUCUGCAGGAAAUGACCUCAUAGGCGACGUGGAUGAAGGAGCUGACCUUUUGGGUAUGGGUCGGGAGGUUGAACAUCUUAUCCAUGAAAACACCCAUCUGCUGGAGACCAAAAACGCUCUGAACGUAGUGAAGAAUGAUCUGAUUGCUCAAGUGGAUGAACUGUCCUGUGAGAAGGAGGUUCUGCGAGGAGAACUGGACGCUGUCACUCAUGCUAAGACCAAACUGGAGGAGAAGAACAAAGAAUUGGAAGAGGAGCUAAAGAAAGUCAAAGCCAAACUGGAAGAGGCCAAACAGAAGGUCAAGAAUGAAAAUGAGGAUGAUAGUGAUGUUCCCACAGCCCAGAGGAAACGUUUCACCAGAGUGGAGAUGGCCAGAGUGCUGAUGGAGAGGAACCAGUAUAAAGAAAGGCUGAUGGAGCUGCAGGAAGCUGUCAGAUGGACAGAGAUGAUCCGUGCUUCAAAGGAGAAUACAGCUCUUCCAGAGAAGAAGAAAUCCAGCCUUUGGCAGUUGAGUUUCAGCCGUUUGUUUAGCUCAUCGGGCGGAGCAGCCAGGAAGCCGGUGGGGGAGGCACCAGUGAACGUCAAGUACAACGCGCCAACCUCGCAGAUUCAGCCAUCUGUCAAGAAGAAGAGCAGUACCUUGCAGCAGCUGCCCAGUGACAAGAGCAAAGCAUUUGAUUUCCUCAAUGAGGAACCAAAACCUGAGAGUUCGGUAUCAAGGCGAGAGCAGAAGAGGGCUCAGUAUAAACAGGUCAAAGCUCACGUCCAGAAGGAGGAUGGCAGAGUACAAGCGUACGGCUGGAGCCUGCCCAAGAAAUACAAAGUUAAUGGAGGUCCAGCAGAUGGCAAGAUGAAGAAUCUGCCUGUUCCUGUCUUCCUCAGGCCACUGGAUGAGAAAGAUCCUACUAUGAAGCUGUGGUGUGCUGCAGGUGUAAACCUGUCUGGUGGGAAAACCAGAGAUGGAGGUUCAAUAGUGGGAGCCAGUGUGUUUUACAGUGAUGUGUCAAGUGCAGAGAGCCCCAGAAAGGAGAGAGGCUCACAGAGUAGCAUCGAUAAAUUGGAUCAGGAACUCAAGGAGCAGCAGAAAGAGUUGCGGCACCGGGAUGAGUUUUCCUCUCUGGUGUGGAUUUCCACCAGCACCCAGUCCAACUCUAAUGUUGUUGUUAUUGAUGCCAACCAGCCCGGAAACAUCCUGGAGAGCUUCGUUGUUUGUAACUCGCAUGUCUUCUGCAUCGCUAGUGUUCCCGGCGCGAGAGAAACUGACUAUCCUGCUGGAGAGGAAGUAUCCUCAAACACUGAUGUAGGACCAGUGGGAGAUGCUGGCUCAUCAACAGCCAAUAAUAGCUCAGAAGGUAGUGACAGCAUUUUUGGAGGCAUCACAGUGGUGGGCUGUGAAGCUGAGGGAGCAACAGCUGUUCCUCAGACAGCAGACAGUCCAGACUCCAGACCCACAGAAGAAGCCAUGGAGGCGAUGGAGACCAAUGCAGGACCUGUUGACCACAGUGAGAGCCUGAGAGGGGUCUACACAGAACCCGUCUUUACAGAUCCACUCGGAGCUCAGCAGACAAGGGAGACCCCGGCUAAUUAUUCUCAGAGAGAGAGUGAUCUGCUGAAAGAUGGCGUAAGUUCAAACCCCAGCGCAGAGGAGCAGGACCUGAUGAUAGAAGAAGCUCAGAAAAUGAGCAGCGUUCUGCCCACCAUGUGGCUGGGGGCCCAGAAUGGAUGUGUGUACGUCCACUCGUCUGUUGCACACUGGAAGAAGUGUCUCCAUUCUAUAAAGCUGAAGAAGCCUGCGCUCGGCAUAGUACAUGUGAAAGGACGGGUCCUGGUCAGCCUGUCUGAUAGCACCUUAGCCAUUUUCCACAGAGGACCGGAUGGGCAGUGGGACCUGACCAACUACCAUCUGCUGGACUUAGGGAAACAGCACCACUCCGUCCGCUGCAUGACUGUGGUGCAUGACAGGGUGUGGUGUGGUUACAGGAACAGGAUCCAUGUGGUGCAUCCCAGAGCCAUGAAGAUAGAGAAAUCCUUUGAUGCCCAUCCUCGUAAGGACAGCCAGGUCCGUCAGCUGGCCUGGCACGGUGACGGGAUCUGGGUGUCCAUCAAGCUGGACUCUACUCUUAGACUGUUCCACGCACACACCCACCAGCACCUGCAGGACAUCGACAUCGAACCCUAUGUCAGCAAGAUGCUUGGUACGGGCAAGCUGGGCUUCUCGUUUGUUAGGAUCACGGCUCUAAUGGUUUCAUGUAACCGUUUGUGGAUUGGGACUGGGAAUGGAGUCAUCAUCUCCGUUCCUCUAACAGAGACCAACAGUGUAACCAAGACAUCAGGGAACAAUCCUGGAGGUGUGGUUCGCGUCUAUGGAGAUGACAGCGGGGACAAGGUGACAGCCGGGACAAUCGUCCCUUAUUGCUCCAUGGCUCAUGCUCAACUCAGUUUCCAUGGUCACAGGAAUGCUGUCCAGUUCUUCACUGCAGUUCCAGGUCAUGCAGAUCUGUCAACAUCCAGUGGAAGUGAGAUGGCAGGAGACAAGUCCACUGAUAGUUCAACUCAGGAAGGAAUCAAGUCCAUGUUGGUGAUGAGUGGAGGAGAAGGCUACAUUGACUUUAGAAUGGGUGAUGAGGACGGGGAAGCAGACGAAGCAGUGAACCCCACCGUAAAACUGCAGCCCUUCCUGACUAAAGCCGAGCGCAGCCACCUCAUCGUCUGGCAGGUCAUGGUCAGUGAAGACUGAACUCAAGCCGGCUGGCCUCUUGAGACCUGAUUUGCCUUUUUUCAGACCACAGAAACAGAGGAGUUGUUAAAGGCACAAGAUUAAUCAGCACUUAUGUUUUGCUCCAUCAGUCCUGAACAAUAGAAGCAAAAUAAGCAAAAACUGCUCUGCGAGCAUAUUUCUGUUAACCUUGACUGCAUGGAAUUGCUUUGUCAUAUUUUUAUGUUAUGAAUUUGAAGCAUUAUGUUUUAUUGCCUCAUGUAUUUUAAUUUUACUGGAGGUAAGGCAGAUAUUUGCAGGCUUUCUGCUUGUGCUCACUUGGGACACAACUAAUGUUACAUCAGCUGUUCAGAGGUAGAAAAAAAUCUACAACUUCCUGUGCUGUCCUCUAAGAAUGUAAGACGUACCGAGUCAAUCAUGUGGGAUUCUUUUUCUGUAUCAAAUUUGGUUUUAUGUUUUUGUUUGAGGAACGUCUUUGAAAACUGAGCAGUUGAAUCAUUGUUCAGUUAGAAUCCAGUGCGACAUGCCACAUAGUCACGUCUUUUGCAAACGUUCAAGGGGAAUUUUAUUCAUGCAAGUAUUUAAAUUAGCCCAGUUUGUGCCUGAAUUAACAGCACAGAUCCUUAUCCAAUUGACCAAAAAAUAACGCAAAUAAAUAAAACAUUAAAAGCUACUUUCGGUUUUUUGUCCCCAGUAAGGAUCUGUAGAUGUUUUGUCAUACAAUUUAACGGUUGGUGUUUCAACUGCUUACUACACAGUUUUUCCAGACCAGCUUUAGAUAUCUGAGCACAGUGCAGAGCAGCUUGCAUAACACAGACUAACAGGAAGAUGCAGUAGCCAUUACAGUCUCUCUUCCACUGUCAAGGUCAUUGUGAGGGGUGAGAAACAUCAAUCUAAAAAAGAAAAAAACAGAUAAGGUGCAUGGGCUUAUGCAGAUUUGGAACCCGAACAUGCACAAACCCUUUUGUAAGAUAUUCAGAUACUGGCCAGUUUAAAUAAGCUUAGAUCAAGACUCUGAUCUCAAACUUGGAUUGAAAUAUACAUCUUGAUUUAACAGACGUCCUCAUGAAUAAACAGCUUUUUAAUUGUUUUUUUUAUUUUGUAGUCAUUUCCUAAUCAUAAGAGCCCCAGUGGUAAAACUUUAUGUAUUUCGACAAGAUGGUUAAGAACAUAUAGAAUUUGGCUGUUUGAAAGGAAGCACGUUAGAAGAAACAGAUGUUUAUAGUCCCUGAAAAUAAAGAGACACCUUCGUUGAAGUGCCUUCAGCAGGCCAGAGAUUUUAAAUCCAUUGCAGAUAUCAAUGAAUGGAAUUUUUUGGGAGAAAAAUGUAUAAAAACCUUACAUGUAAUUUAUUUUUCAAAAAAUAGAGGCUUUCCAACUGAGGUACAAACUGAAGCUGUACAACAGAACCCAUUCUACUUAUGUUUUUUAAAAACUAGGGUAAGCAGAACAUACUAUUGUAGUAUUCUAAAAGUAAAAAAAGGUAAAGCAGAGAGCUGGGAAAUCAGUCAUGUUAAAGUAUCACAGCAGCUGUUUCCUUUUCCAGGUUAAAAUCCACUUAUCUUACCAGAACCUUGGUAGAAAUCAUCAGAUUAAUCAUGCAUGUCCCUUGCAGGCAGUGCAUAUUUGGUUUUCAUUCUAUGUUGAAGGGUUCCAUGUUAAGCUCUUAUGUCUUUUAGAGAAAAGUUCUUGGCUGCUUCACUGAAAAGUGUGAAUGUUCUCUUAGAAGUUGGGAAGACCUGCAAUAACUAAAUACUAAAUGCAAUAAAUAGGUUUCAUUGUUUGCAGAUGACAUACUGACUUACAAAACGUCCUGCUUGCUGUUCUUCUCAUGACACCCUACAUUGAUGACAUCAGUCUGCAACUGUAAAAUGACGGUUCUGUUUACCCCAGUUUUACCUCCAUGACAUUAUUUAAUGUUUUCCCUUAUCUCAUAGAGCAGAGAUUUAUUUUUAGUGUGUCGUUGCAUCAUCUUGUCUGUUCUCUGCUCUCCAUCUGCACAUCAGCUCCGCUCAGCAGACACUUGAAGAGAUGCCUUAGAUAUCAGUUUGGACAGUCUUUUAUGUGUGACGGAGUUCUCCUAUUUUUCUCUAAAGAAUACUGUUUGCUACCAAAGGUUGAAGACUGAUACUUAGCUAUAAGUUCACACAGUAAUAAGGCCUCACCUAACGCAGCGUCUUUAGCAGCAGCAUGUUUGAAACACAGAGUCAGGUUUUUUUUAACAGAAAUCCAAGUGUGUGGAUAACUUCAGAUAGAGAUAUAUAUUUUUAUCUUUCCUAUUUGUAAAUGGAAAUAUUUUCAAGGGGUGCAAGUCGUGAAUGGGAGAAAGCUGUUAGAGUUGGAUGUUGAAGUAAGGGUCCUUCCGGAGGGUUAUGGACCAGCCCUGGCUAGUUGUCCUUUUCCCAGAUGAGAAACCAAACAUUAACCUGUUUGGUUUCUCAGUGCUGACCUGCUCCCUUUUUACCAAACCUUUUUAUUAAUUCAGAUGCCUCCUCUCGAUGACAAAUUUGAUCUUUUUAUUAAAUGUUUUUAUUUUAUUUAUCUUUUUCACUCUGUCCACUGUGAGUGCAGUUAAAAGGUUGUAUUUGGUGAAUUUAAGACUUUCUGUUCUGUGUUAACACUGCACUCAUGCUUUUUGUUUUGUACACUGUAUUUUGUUUCAGAAAGCCUGUCUUCUUCAUGCAAAUGUGUAUAUUUGUGUCUUCUCUCCAGGAGAGAAGAUAUAUAUAAAUAUUAUUUCAGUUUAGCCAUUUCAGUAUUUAUUUUUGAUGAAUGAGCCUUUACAAUCGAAUGUAUCUUUGUACAUUGAAUUUAUAUUAUUAUAUAUGUAUGAAACUUCAAGAUGGCUUGGAUUUUAUUGACCGUUGGAAUGAGGAGUUUCCUCAGCUAUGCACCAUGUCUCUGUGGUGCAACAAGUAAAUUAGGAGUUUAAAACGCCUCAUCUGUCCUAUUGCAGUCAGUUUCUUUCUCAAAAGUUGAACUUCUACGCAAUGACUGGGCACCCCAAUCUCAUUGCAGCACCAUAUAGGACACCUUUGCAGACCCUUUCCACAUAUCUGUCAUCCCUGCAGUCAGCUUGUAGUUAACUCUGGCAGGAGCUCAGUUUUUCCCAAAUCUGCAAUAAACAUUUUAUCUUAAACUUCUGCAGCAUCUCUAGCCUUACUAAUUUUUAACAGUCAAUUAAAGCAACUAUUGUGGCUAACA